AUGUUUAUUAAAUAACUAUAAUCAAAAAUAUAAACACGUUCUGUAUCGAAUGUAUCAGGGCAUUCAAACUUAAGAUACUCGGAUAUGGCAACUCCAUAAUGUAAUACUGUAAAUGUGGUUUGGGAUAUUAAUUAAAUUGGCCUAGAAUUGGAUUGCCAUGAUGACCCAAUUCUGUAAGAUGCUUUAUAGCUCAUUAACAAUCAUUAAGUAAAUCGAGCAAUUUUCAUAUUAAACUAAUGUAUAAUGAGUAGUAAUAUCGUAGUGGUUUUGGAUAACAAAAGGUAUUUGGGUUAACAAUCUCAAUUAUAAUUGGUAAUGAGAGUUACUCUGUUGGUUGUAUCAAGUGCUAUGUCAAUUUUGGAAGAUGAUCCAGCUUCAGCAUUGCUUUUGUUGCUGGGUUGUGAUUAGAUGUUUAAGGGAUUGACUAAUAAAUAAUAAGGUUAUCUAAGAGUACAGAUUCUAAAUGGACUAGGUUGUUAUUAUAGAAGAGUGGGGUAAUUAGAAAAAGCAUUAGAACAAUUAGAAUGCGCAUUGGCAGUGAUAAAAAAAUAUAGUUUGAAAGAGGUUGCAGUUACUCAUCUAAAUUUAUCUGUAGUACUAUCCUUAGUGGACGAGUAUUAUUGUAAUUAUAUUAGCCUUUAGCCAUGAGGGGGCAUUAGAAAAUGCAAAGAAGGCAGUUACGGAAAGUCACAAAGAAUAUUAAUGCUUUAUAAGAAAUCAUAUAUCAUUGUAAACAUUCAAAUUCUAGCGAUGCGUAAGUUCAUUAGCAAUCUCAUUCUACAAUGUUGGAGUCCAGGAGUAAUAUUUUUAAAAAUAUUAAUUUGCAUUAUAAGCAUAUGCAUCAGCAUUCAAAGUGGCUGAAGAUAAUCUGGGCAUCCAUAAUUAUCUAACACUUUAAUUGAAGAACAUAUACGAAGAAUUUGCGAGAUAAUUAGCAAUGGCUGAAGGUUAAAAGCUUGCCAUUACAUCUUUGAAUAAUAAAUUUUAGAUUAGAGCUAAUAUUAAAAGUCAAUAUGCUCAAAGCGUGUUGAAGAAUUAGCCAUAAGAAGCUGUUAGAAAAGCUACUGAUAGAAUUUUUUAAUCAGGAACCAAAAGAUUAGGUUAAUCUCUUAGACCAUAAUCAGCAAUGAUGAGUCAUUCACAACACACAAAAUUAAAAUCCUUUGAUUUUACUAAAAGAGAAGGAUAUACCACUCAUUAAUAGAUAUAUACGACUAAUUACACCUUAAAUCAAUUUAGUGAAGAUAACACAAAGUCUGAAAUUGAAAAAUUAUAAAAAUCAAAAUUAUUACAACAUUGUAUCUAAAAUCUAGAAUCAGUAAUUAUACAUAAUAUUAUUAGCAAGCUUAAAAGGAGAAAGAAAAACUAAAAAGAGUUUAGGAAGAAAAAUAAUAAGAAUUAUAAAAAUUAGAAGCCUUUCGUUAUAUAAAUGAAUAAAUACGGUAAAAGAAACAAUACAAACACUAAAACUAAAACUAAACCGUAAAAGAUAUGAAGCAAUCAAUAGAUUAGACUAAAUAGAUUUAUAACACAGAUCCCUAAAUUUAGGAAAUCUUAGAUCAAAGCGAACCUUAGCCUUUGGUUGCUCAUUAAUAAUAAAUCAAAUCAUCAAAAACAGAACGAGAAGAAAACCUAUUGAAAAAUUAAAUUAGUUCUAAUUAUAAGAAUCUAAAAAAAGGAGAAUUACAUAAAAGAUUGUCUUUUGAAACCACACUUGAUUAAAAGGGAGUUUAAAAUUUGAAUAGAAAAUUGGAAUUUGAAUAGGAUUCAUCACUCAGAAAUAAUGAUUUUUUAUAACAUAUAUCAUGUAAGUAGAUUUAAGAUUUAGUAGAAAUUAAUGAAGUUAAUUAAGAAAAGAAGAAUAAUUAAGGUGUUGAAAACUAAAUAGAAGAAAUAAUUCAAUAAAAUAUUAUGAUAUUCAAAAAAUAAUAAUAAGAAUUAAGUAUAAAUAAAAUUCAAAAAUUUUGGAAAUCAAGUUAAAUAAAAUUAAGUGAAAGAAUUUUAAAAUUAGAAUCUAAAUAUCAAUUAAUCACAUCUAAACAAUAUUCUAAAGUAAUGGGUGAAAAUAACAACUUCCAUAAUGGGAUUAUUUUUCUUGGCUACCAUCAGAAACAUAAGAUAGAUAUUGUGUUCAUUGACUUUUAUGUACUCAAAAAAUCUUAGAGAAUUUGUUAAAAUUUAAACUAAAAAUUAUAACAUAUUUUAAUUUUAACUGUUUCAACGACUUUUGAUAUAACUAAAGAUAUUUUAGAGAGUUUUGAAAAGUAAUUAAUACCUUUAAUUCAAACCAAUAAUUAAGAACUUAUUAUAAAAAGUCAUCUGCUAGAAAUUGAAAUAAAAUCAACAAAAAAGCUUGUUUCAAUAAAGUUUGAUGUAAACUAAUUAAAGCUUUAUGAAUAAUUUCAUAAACUUGAAGAAAGUAUCCAAAACCAUUAAAUUCCAACUACAAUUGCUGAUAUUUAAUCAUUUAAUAUUGAUUCUAUUGUCAUUUAAAAAUCUGCUUCAUUAAACUUAGAGUUUACCUAAUAACCAUUUUAAGAAAUAUCUUUAGUAUCUGAAUAAAUUUUAUAAGAUACAAAUCUAGUGAAAUAAGUAAAGAAUUUAAAUGAAGUUUAGGAACAACUUUCGGUUGAUUUACAAAUCUAGUUUAGCUAGGCUCAAUAAGAAAGCAAACAUGGUAGUGACGAUGUUAAAAAAGCGAGUUAAACUGGAUAAUUUAAUAUUAAUUUUCUAUCCUUCCAAUAAUAGUAAUCCUUAUAAAAGAUCUAGAUAAGGCAAUAGAAGAAGAAAAUGAAAACGAAAAAUAAGGAGAAAAUCAACUCAAAGAAACCACAUAAAAUUUAGAUUUCACUCUUCAAGACAAUGAAUCCAAUAUCAAUAAUUCAAUAAUAGGUGUAAUUAAUAAUGUAGAAACAGAAAACUAAUAAUUCGAUAAAAUCAAUAAGAACAAAGAAAAACCUUCAGCAAAUCAAACAAUUUUAGAAGAGGAAGAAGAAAAUUAGUAUAACAAUAAUAGUAUCGAAGAAGGAAAACAGUUGAAAGAAUAUUAUGUAGAAAGCUAGUCUUUUUAUUCUAACUCAGAUAAUAACAACAAGGAUCAAUCAUUAUAAAAUCAAGACGAAUAAACCAAAUAAAACAGUCAAGCUUUUCCAGAUGAAAAAUCUUAAAUCAAUAUUCUUCAAGUACCUUUGCAGCAGUAUCAAGGUUUUAGUAAAUAAACAAGUUUGCAAUUACCAGAUUCAAUGAAGGAAAAUAUUGAUUCUGAUAAAGAAAGUAAGCAUUUUAUUUUCAUUUUAGUUUCUUCGAUAAAACAAUAACGCUAUGAGAAUGUAGGCAUUAUAACUGGAAUUAAUAAGAUAAAUGGAACACUCAUAUUUAUUCAUAUCCUUAUAAACAAAGAAUAAUAAUUUUUUUAAGCAAAGAUAGAAGUAGAAAACAUCAAUAUUAAACCUACUUACUUUAAAGUUGAAAAUGUAGAGAAAACAAUUAAGAAGCCUUAAAAGUAUUUAAAAGGAUUUCUGGUAAAUUGGAAAAAUUAAACUAUCUUAAAGAUUUACACAAAAGCUCAUGAAAAUGCUGUUCUAAAACUAUAAAAAAAAUUCAAUUUUGAUCAUUAUAGAAGGCAUACUACAUUUAAAUUAACAAAAACUGACAUAGAAGGUACAUUACAUGUAGGUUCCAAAAAAUAGAUAAUUUAUUUAGCAAUCCAAACAUAAUCCACAUAGCAAAGAAAUUCUUACACUUUUAGAGAAGAAAACUAUGAUCAAUUUAUUAAAAAUAUAUCUUUGAGAAUCAUAAAUAAUCUUAAAUUUUCUGAAGAAAAAGGAAUCUAUUUAGAAUAGGAAGCCUAACAUAAAAUUUUAGUUUAGAAUCAAUAAGGUAUAUUCUUUUGUAAUUUAAGCUAAUAUUUUUAAAUUGGUAAAAUCCUAAAAUGCCUAUUAAUUCAUAGGAUUUGGACUAUUGAUUGGAAUUUAUGAUUCGGUCCAUUAAAAGAUAAUUAUUGCAAGUGACAAUCAAAAGGUUAAGGCUUAUUUGGUUGAUAUUCCUAAGUCAAUAUCUAGGGAUUAAAUCUUUUCAUUUUCACAAAAUUUAUUAAAUAGAGUAUUUCUUUAUUUUAAUCCAUAUUUAGACUUUUAUCUUUGAAAUAAAUAAUGAAAGUUUUGUAAAUUAUUAUAAGGAGAAGGAUGAAGACUCUGUUAAAAAAAUUUAAAAUGCUAUCUUUAAAUAUUAAACAAUCAAAACUUUAACAGUUUGUUAUAACAAUUUUGAAAAAGGGAAAAUAAUUAAAAAUGAGGUGGUUGUAGAAUUGGAAAGAAGAAUUAAAAGGAUUUAUGGCAUAAAAUGUUAAGAGAAAUUUUAUUAAAUAGGAAAAUUAAAAGAAUAGGAAUUUAAAAAUUUGAUUUUUAACUUUUAGAAAAUAAUAGGCACUUUCUUAAUUUAAAAAAAUAAUAAAAUUGAAAUUGAUGUGAAUUCAAUUAUAGAAUUUUUAAAUUAAGACGGCCAGUUUUUUAAUUUAUUAAAUAUGGAUUUAAAGGAUUUUAUUCUUUAAUUAUGA